UCGGCCUCGGGCGCGGCUGCGGGGCUCAAGGCCCGCAACACCAGCGUGCGCGCCUCCGGGGCGGGAGGAGGUGCUGCACCGGCCCGCGAAUGGGAGGGGGCUGCCAGGCUCUCCCUCCCCGAGGGAGGUCGUCCCGUCGCCCUUGAAUAGACCCAGGAAGGCUUUUAAAAGAAGCAGAGUCUCCGCGGGAGGAAGCUGUUUCCCUGGGAGGUGGCCCCAGACGAACCCAGUGCUCAGUCUGGCAUCCCGAAGCCGCUGCGCUCCUGGCUCUCCCCGCCGUUCCUGCGCGCCGCGGGGGCGGUGCCCCAACACCCACGCGUGAUGGGAAGGCCGGCUGGGGGUGGGAAAGUCCACCGAAAAAGAAGGUCCCCACAUCUCGCCGCUCCCUUGGAUGUGGCUAUUUUUUAUGCCAGUGUCCUUCUACGCUGACCCUACUUGAACUUGACCGCAACCUGCCCCGCCUUGCAGGGCACCCUCCAGCCGCAGACAGCUGUGCUGAGCUCGCGCUGUCCUCGCCUCCGCUGACCCCGCCUCCAUGUCGUCGCAGACACCCUUUUUUCACAACACAGCUCAGGUCCCACCUCAUUCAUGAGGUUAUUCGGCAAACACUAUCGAACUUGUAAGAUGUGGCAGAUCCUGAGCUGAAGACUCAAAGGAGGACAGGAAAACUGCUAAUGUAGCCUAGAGGGAGAGAGAGUCACUUAAACCACCUGAUGCAGAAUGCUGAGUGUGGAGACCAGGAGGUAGAUGCAUCACAGGGGGGCACAAAGGACGUGAGCUGCGCAGCACAGGAGGCAGAAGGAGGAGGACACACAAACAGAUGUUACCCGAGGCCAGGAAAUGGGAGUCUCAAAGCCACAUUAUUCGUCCUGUAAUCAAAGUAACGAUGGCAGCGUGUCCCACCAGAGCGGGAGCCCAGCUGCUCAGGAGUCAUGCUUAGGACGGAUCCCAUCUCUUCUGCAUGUUAGAGUUUCAGCUGGGUCAGGCUGGAUGCAGGCACCCCCAUGACUGGCCUUCUGCAUCUGUGAUCCUCACGGCCUCCUCCUGCCACUGAGUCUCACGCCUUCACCUGUCUGUUCCUCCCAUCCUGAGUCUCAUGCCUUCACCCGUCUGUUCCUCCUGCGUUUACUUUCUGCCACCCUUGCACGUGGGCCACCAGAUUCUCAAGAGUCUCCUGCCUGUUUCCUUCCUUCCACUCCCUUUGCCAGUGCCGCUCGUCCCAUCUAGUAGCUUAACCACCACCCCCAUGACUGACCUCUUCCUCCUCGCCGCCAGAUGGUUGUUCAGAGUGCACACAGACUGUCGGAAACCUGCAGAGACUCCAUGCUGCCAGUCUUCUCCAUAAUCAGCGUGGCCCCGGUCCAUGACUCUAGCCUUGGCUCCUUCUGCCUCUCUUUCUAUUUGAAAUUCUAGAGCCAGCUGUGGGACAAUUAUCUGUGUCAAAAGCCAGAUGUGAAAACAUUUCAGUAACAAACUGGCUGCUUUGUUCAGUGCUAGAACAAUGCCUAUCAGAGUAGACACUCAAAAUUAUUUGCUGAGUGAAUGAAUAAAUGAAUAAAUUCAUAAUAAAUAAUUAACCAUCCAAGAUUCAGACACAUUGUGAUUUUAAUUAUUUAAGAGUAGUUUAGCAUAUAUUUCCUUAUGAUUUACUUUAAAACUCUCCAAGAAAUAUGCCAAAGAAGUAGAAUGAGAAAAAUGUAUAUUUCUUUCACUUUCUGCAGAUGCAUUGGGCCAGGUCCUGAAGGCUGUGCAAUGGAUAGGUAAGUGUUCACAGCUCUGUGUCAGAUGGACCUCGUCAAGAAUGACCACACUGCUGUGGGUGAAGAUGAUGCUGUCCUGCGUUUCUGACUGUCCUCUGUCCUGGUCAAAUUUCUAUGGCUACCCUCAGCCAGGGUUUCUGCAGAGACUACCCAAUGGUUCCAUGUGGCUCCGCAUGCCAACGUGGUCAUCAGUGGAGAGAAGGCAGAACGCGCCCUGCCGUGGCUUGAUACAUGGCCUGCCUCCGACUUCCUUGGUUCCACUGGUUUUGUGGGGUCCUUCUCUGCUUCUAGCUCCUCUUCUUUUCUGCCCACUCACCCGGCAGGCCCCAUCACAAGCCUGUGUGUGAGUGGCCUUGCUGUUCGAUGACACCCUCCAGCACGGGGGAGUAUUUCCCCACUUCCUUUUCUGGACACACAGCCUAGCAAAGGCAAAAGGGCUUCCUUCGACAUCAGCUCCAGCCAGUUUGCCAGAGCAAAACCCUGAGAAAAGCAAAGUUGAAAAAUCUUGUUUAAACUCACCGGGACAGAGUGGCGUUACGCCCAACAGCAUCUGGCCAGGAAGCAGGGAAUUACACACUGAGCACCUGUUUGCCAUUUUGGAUGUUUCCAAAACGAGCCAAACUUGCAGGCCCCUCUGCCAUCUCUGGGGUGACCGUUUGGGAGUUGAUGACCUUUGGAUCCAAGCCAUAUGAUGGAAUCCCUGCCAGUGAGAUCUCCUCCAUCCUGGAGAAAGGAGAGCGCCUCCCCCAGCCACCCAUAUGCACCAUCGAUGUGUACAUGAUCAUGGUCAAAUGCUGGAUGAUAGACGCAGACAGUCGCCCAAAGUUCCGUGAGUUGAUCAUUGAAUUCUCCAAAAUGGCCCGAGACCCCCAACGCUACCUUGUCAUUCAGGGGGAUGAACGAAUGCAUUUGCCAAGCCCUACAGACUCCAACUUCUACCGCGCCCUGAUGGAUGAAGAAGACAUGGAUGACGUGGUGGAUGCGGACGAGUACCUCAUCCCACAGCAGGGUUUCUUCAGCAGCCCCUCCACGUCACGGACUCCCCUCCUCAGCUCUCUGAGUGCAAACAGCAACAAUUCCACCGUGGCUUGCAUUGAUAGAAACGGGCUGCAGACCUGUCCCAUCAAGGAAGACAGCUUCUUACAGCGAUACAGCUCAGACCCCACAAGAGCCUUGACUGAGGACAGCAUAGAUGACUCCUUCCUCCCAGUGCUUGAAUACAUAAACCAGUCUGUUCCCAAAAGGCCUGCUGGCUCUGUGCAGAAUCCUGUCUACCACAAUCAGCCCCUGAACCUCGCGCCCAGCAGAGACCCACACUACCAGGACCCCCACAGCACCGCAGUGGGCAACCCCGAGUAUCUCAACACUGUGCAGCCCACCUGGGUCAGCAGCGCAGUGGACAGCCCUGACCACUGGAUCCAGAAAGCCAUCCACCAAAUCAGCCUGGAUAACCCUGACUACCAGCAGGACUUCCUUCCCAAGGAAGCCAAGCCCAACGGACAUACAGAAAUAUUUCAGCCAGAACUGAGAAACAGAAGGACCCACAUUCUGCUGUCACUUGUGUGUCAAGAAGCGGAAGAUCAGUGAGGCACGUCAGUUGUGAGUCACACUGUUGCAGUAAAUCCUAGUAUUUUUGUAGUUUGAAACACUAACAUAAUAAAAGAACAAACGCUAUUCUAGCUUUCUUCUCAUUCAUAUUUUAAUUUUCCAGUGUAAAGUUUAGUUGCUAAAUUCUAUUAAUUUUAAGAUUGUGCUUCCCAAAAUAGUUCUCACUUCAUCUGUCCAGGGAAGCACAGCAGUCUGCUUGGCGGAAGCCGCAAAGCCACAAGCCUCUCCAAGGAUCUGGCCACCAUGGUGCGCAGGUCAGGAAAGGAGCUGCCCAAAGUCCCAUGAUUUUCACCUAACAGCCCUGAUAGGUCAGUUCUCAAAGCUUGGACUCCAUCCCUAAAGGUCUUCCGGAUUGCUAGCCUGGCCUUAACACACUACAGAGAACCUGUCAGCUGUUUCUUCCUCAGUCAGUUCCUGGAAGACCUUUGCAAGGACUUCACCUUCAGAUGUGACCUUUGGAAACAGAGGCCACGGGAAAGUAAGGAGCUGGGAGCUCCCAUUCACUUUGUGUGUCUUCUUGCAUCAUCUCCAAGGAGCUACUGUAAUUACACCCUGCCGGUCACCUCAUGAGGGAUCAAAGAAGGGAUGAGUCUUCUAAACUCUAUUCUCUGUGAGUCUAGGUUGUAAGGAGAAGCACUGUGGACGCAUCCUACUGUACUCCAGCUGACGACAACCAAGCUUAGGUGUUUACUGAAAGUUCUUGAUUUUGUGAUUUACCACCCCCACCUCACAACAGCAGACAUAAGGGGACUGUGGAUUGCUUAGUGCAAAAGGCACUGGUUCUCCAGUGUGGCUGCCCUUGGGAAUCUCCUGGUCCCAACCAGAAGGAUUGUGGCUUGAUUUUCUCAGGUGCAGCCCAGCCCUAGGGCCUUGUCAGAGCACCCCCUGAUUAUUGCAACCUUCAUCAAAGUUUCCAGAACCACUGGCCUAAAGGAAGGGCCUGGUGGGGGUCUGCUUGCCGCCCGCUGGAGGUCCUUCCAGCCAGUACCACUCUGACUAGGCCUCUGAUUGCACCUGUGUGGCUAGAGGCUGGUGGGUGAUGGGGACUCGGCACCUCCCCUCAAGCACAAGAGAAUCACCUGCGGAGCUUCAGAAGAGGGGGCCUGGAGUCUCUGCAGACCAAUUGAACCCAAAUCUCAGGGGCGGUCUCAGGAUUCUAAUGGGUAACCAGGGUUGAAGCCCUUAUCUCUAAAGUCUUCAGUUCAAGACUGGGGAUCUGUACCAGGGCCUCCAGUCACAGCAGAAUAAAAGGCAGGGUAGGGUAGAGGUUCCCAUGUGCAAUGGAGAGAACAAUUUGCAGUCACUGAUAAGCCAGACUUGGCUGCUAGUGGCCAUUCCAAAAUGCUCCAAUUCAUUGUCAUCAACAGAUCAGCUGGAAAGGGGCAAAUACCCCCCACCUGAGCCUUGAAAAACGCUGCGACCCUCUGCAUUCUCUAAUUAAGUUACAGAAACCAGUCUCUUCCCUCCUUUGUGAACGAGCUACUACUCCAUGUAGGCAGCAGGGGUUGAAAUUGCCCUCAACAUCUACUCUGCAUUUCUUUCUUGUGCUAAGCACACACUUUUAUCGCAACAUAUUAUCUGUUCACAUUUCCUUGCCUGGGGGCUGUAAAACCUUACAAAACAGAAAUCCUUGCCUCUUACCAGCCACACCUGCCAUAUCAUGGGUACAGCUUUGUACUAUUCAAGACACAGGAUUUUUAAAUGUAAAUCUAUUUUUGUAUUUUUUUUUGUGGAUAUUGUUCUCUUUAUGUAGCACUGAACUUUGUACACUAUAUUUUUAGUAACUUGUUUUUCUACUAAAGGAAGCACAGUUUAUUUUAUAGAGUAACUUGCAAUAGAAUCAAAAUUGGAAACUGAAAUCUUUGUUGAAAAGGGUUAAGUUGAGGCAAAAGGAAGCCCUUUUUUUCUGUCUCUUACAGAAAGGCACAAACUCAUUACAGGGCUAAGCUAGGUCGUUGCCACGGUGAAGAAGAGAAGAAUCAUUUUUAUAUUUAGGAGGUUUAAAAAGAUGAUGGAAAGCACAUUUAGCUGGGUAUGGGGCAGGUUCUGUCGAGGCUGUUGGGGCAAUGUUAAUGGAAGGACUCCCUGUCUUUCGUCACUGCUAGAAAAAUCCGGCUGCAUGCCGUACUCUGAUCAUCUGCCAGUAUAACCCUGUACAUGUAAGAAAAGCAAUAACAGCAUUUUGUUGGUUUACCUACAAAUGUGACUUCAAUGCAAAUUAUUUUUAUAUUUGCAAUCGUUAUGCCUUUAUCAAUAUAAAUAUCUGGAGAGGCCAAAUAGUGUUCAACACACUUUGGUUACUGGAUACAUUGAUGAAACUCACCAACAGUCUUACUGAGCCUGGGCCCAGCCACCCUAGGGAAGGUGCCCAGCCCUGGCAGCCUGACAACACCCAGCGAGCUUUUAAAAAGCGUGAAGCCCAGCUGCACCUCACACCAAUUCAAUACACAUCUCUGGGGCUGACACUCAAGCGUUUGUAGUUUUUAAAGCUCCUGAGGUCAUUCCAGUGUGCAGCCGAAGUUGAGAACUACCAGCCUAGGAAUUAGCCACAAGAACUUGGACUUGGAGGCAAAUUCUGCCAGUGUAUGUGAUUCUCAGGCCUAGAGAACCAGACACAAAGACCUCCACAUCUGUCACUGAGAGUCAAGAACCUGAACAGACUUUCCAUGAAGGUUCUCCAAGCCCUAGAAGGGAGAGUGUCUAAACAAUAAUUGAAAACGAAAGGAAAUAUAAAACGGAUGCCACUUUUCCAUUUCCUAGGCUUGCUCUAUUAAGGGCCAACUAGUAUAUAAUAUUCUUCCUGCUUAUGCAGCUGACAUUGUUGCCCUUUCUAAAGCAACCAAGUAGCCUUUAUUUCCCAGAGUGAAAGAAAACAUUGACCUACCAGUUACAUUACAGAAGGCAGAUUUCAAGAGGAUCCAGUAAGUGGUUAGAUGGCGUUUAUAAAAACAAGAAUUCAAGUAGAGGAUGCAUGCUUUAAGAAACAUUUGCUAUACAUUCUUCACAAAUUAUACCUGGGAUAAAAAUUGUAGCAGGCUGUGUUUCUUUCCUUCCUUGUCUGCACUACUGCAGCAUGUCCUCUGAGGCUGCAAGUCUGUCCCGUCUGAAUUCCCAGCAGAAGUACCAAGAAGCUCCAUGCUAUCACCUAGCAGAUAAAACUACGGGGAACACUUAAACCCGUGACUACAUUUCUGGAUGGAUUUACUCAUCUUUAAAA